AUGGUAUUACUCCGAGAGAAUUUUGUUUACCUACAGACCAUCGGUCUCUGGUCACCGGUUACCUGGCCAUCGGAUAGUUGGAAGUCGCGAGCUUACAGGCUUUACACGACUUUCCUAAUCACCGCGACAUAUUGGUUCGGCAUAACCGAAUCAAUCAGUUUGUUUACCAUCGUUAACAGCAUCGAGGAUUUCUCUGAUAGUUGUUUUAUGCUUCUGACAACGAUAGUUGUUUGUUUUAAAGUAGAUACGAUUUUGUCAAAAAAAUCAGAAAUUGUAGCAUUGAUCGAGGCGUUUGAAGUCUACCCACACAAGCCGAUGAACGCUGACGAGGAGAGGAUCCAGACGGAAUUCCAAGCUCGCAUCAGAUUAAUCUCCUGCAUUUGCGGUGGAUUCGUAGAGGUUUCUGCAUGGAUCAUGACAAUCUCCGUGUUCUUUCAAGAAAUCCCUUAUGGUGAUUUACCGUAUAAAGCAUGGAUACCUUAUAGCUAUUCGAAACCUGGCGUGUAUUGGUUCACAUUUUGUUUACAAUUACUUGUCGUUGUUUUUUUGGCUAACGUCGCUAUUGGGUUUGAUACGAUUAUAUAUGCUUUAUUUUUGCUGAUAUGUUCUCAGUUCAAUAUUUUGCUACAUCGAGUGACAAAGGCUAUUGAUGAAUUUCCUACUAACAACACAUCAAAAAUAGAUAUUUGUGAACGUAAAAUUAUCGAUUGCGUUGUAUAUCAUCGAGCUAUUUUCAAAAUUUCCGCCAAAAUUAAUUUGCUAUUUAGGAGGAUUAUCUUUGUCCAAUACACAGCGAGUACAAUCGUCAUAUGUUUCAGUGUCUUUAUGAUAUCGCAAGUGCCAUUGCUAUCUACAAAAGCUUUGUUUUUUUUCCUGUAUUUUAUAUGCAUGCUGACACAGAUUUUUGUGAUUUGUGCUCUAGCUGACGAAGUAACGGUUGAAUGUGAAAAUGUCAUAAUCGGUAUUUACAAUACGAAAUGGUACCACCUGACAAAUCGUACAAAGGGAUACCUAGUUCUGAUGAUGGUUCGCACAUUGAGACCAGUUGUUUUCACGAGUGGUCAUAUAAUAGUUCUUUCUCUCAAUUCUUUCAGCAAUCUUCUUAAGCGAUCUUACUCCAUCUAUACCGUGCUUCAGCAAAAUUCGAAGUGAUUGGUAAGGAGAAAUUAACGACGAAAGAG